UGUUGUGGCUGAGAUUUCUCCUCACUUCUUCGCCCCAAACUCUCGUCUCUCGUCGGCUCAACUCACUUCGCUUUUAUUCUUUUACUCUCUUCUUCCUUCUUCCUUCUUACUUCUUCAUAUCCCCCUUUCCUUUUUCUUCCUCGGGUUUCGAUCCUUCAGAUUUGGGUUUAACAAUUGCCAGAGUAUAUACGUAGUGGUCGUGUCGUCAUGGAAGAUAUCCGGUGAAUCCUGUUCAUGCUGAUCAGAUUCCAGAUCGGAACUUCAGCCUUUGUCUUCAGCCAUGGCGAGUAUCUUCCAAGGUUUUGGCAUCAUCCGGCUCAAUUUGGUGAGGAUUCUGAUAGGGAAAUCUCUCUCUCUCUCUCUCUCUCUCUCUCUCUCUCUCUAUACUGUUACUUCUACUACUACUACUACCUGUUUCAGGUUCAUAGAGAGUAUGUAUGUGUGUCUUUAAUGCCUCCUCGCCUUGAUUGAUUUUUAAUCGAAUCCAGAAAAUAAGAAAAAUAAGUCGUAUAAUCGCUCAUAUGUUGGAAUUGUCAUACUUGCAGUCAAUCGAUGAUCUCAGAAAUAGUAAUUAGUUUCUGGAUCUUGCUUUCUCUUCAUGGACUUCUGCUGUUGUUACAUCUCUGGUCUUUUGCAGUAGUGUUACGUUAUCAGGUUUUGUUGAUUACAACGGCUAAGCUAUUUUCCUGGUUGGAUGGUGCGAGGGAUGAAAGAAGGCUUUUCUAUCCCUUACUUGUUCCAGAGGAUCUGAAGCAGCGCUGGUCCAUCGAUGGACACCUACUCAUCAUCUGGAGAAAAAUUGAACAUUAAGUUAUCCUUGUAUGACAGACAAGAAAACCGUAUACAAUAACUAAACAAAGAGAACGAUGGACAGAAGAAGAGCAUAAUAGUUUUUUAGAAGCCCUGAAACUAUAUGGGCGAGCUUGGCAACGGAUAGAAGAACACAUAGGAACCAAGACUGCAGUGCAAAUCAGAAGUCAUGCCCAGAAAUUCUUUACAAAGUUGGAGAAGGAGGCAGUUGCUAAAGGAGUUCCAACAAGACAGGCUCUUGACAUGGAAAUUCCUCCCCCACGCCCUAAAAGGAAACCAAAUUAUCCUUAUCCCAGAAAGACUGGCUCUGGCACUUGCCCCAAAACUCAUCAUCCAAAUCCAAAUCCAAAGGAGGAGGAGGACAAUGCCACUCAUCAUCAUCAUCAUCAACCAACUUUAGUUUCUUCUUUGCCAUCUGGCAUAGACCACCCCCACCUCCCAGAGUACCAUGAACAGAAACAAGAAGAAAUUGCAAACACGAGUGAGCAAGUGGAUGUGGAUGUGGAGAAGGAAGAACCUCCAUGUGCAUCAUUGUCAUCAGAAAAUGAUAAUUCCAUAAUACCAAGAGGCGUUUUUAGAGACUUCAUUAACCUUGAUGAAACAAACGAAUCUUACAUCACCACCAUUGAAACCAGAAAGUAUCAGAAGAAAUCAGAUCAAGAUGGCAUGCACACAUCUUCAUUGUUUGACUUUCCGGAAGGUCAAAAUCAUGAUGACAAUUCAAUUACAAAUACAAAUGGUGUGCACAGCUACCCAAGGCAUGUUCCUGUACAAGUUGUAGAUGGAAAUCAAGGAAGUAUUAUUGGUAUUCCAACAGGCACAGAAGAGAUGUCGACACUUGAAGAAAAGUUGGAACACCACAACCCCAACCUAUCUGUUAACAACAACAACAACAUAGCUUCAAGAUGUUGUUCAAGCUAUCAGACAAUUCCAACCUUCCAUCCUCCUGUUUUCACCCACCCGUUUUCUGAUAAUCAUAAUAAUAAUAAUGAAGAAGAGAGUUACAGAUCAUUUCUCCAUGUUUCAUCCACAAUCUCUAGCCUCAUUGUUUCAUCCCUGCUACAAAACCCUGCAGCCCAUGCUGCAGCAAGCUUCGCUGCUAAGUUCUGGCAUCCUCCUGGAAACACAGAAGCUUCUUCUGGAGAUGAUUCGGAAACUCAAACUCCUUCUACUCCUAGCAUGACGUCCAUUGCUGCGGCUACUGUAGCAGCAGCAACCGCAUGGUGGGCGGCUCAUGGUCUUCUCCCUGUUUGUCCUCCUUUCUACCCAACUCCAACUCCAACUCCUUUUUCAUUUGGCGCGCCACCACCACCACCACCAGUAACAGUCGAGGAUGGAAAUCAAGCAAGAGAAAAAGCUCCUCCGGAAAAGAUCACAGGCUCCUCCUCAUCGGAGGAGGAGGAGGAGGAGGAUUCAGAAGGGAAAUUAAACACAGGAUCGAAUCCAGAUGAUGAUAUUGAUACCACCAAGGGAACGGGAACGGGAACGGUGGUGGAGGAGACCAAUGUUAAUGUUCGCAAACAGGUUGACCGGUCUUCUUGUGGUUCUAACACGACUUCCAGCAGUGAAAUUGAGACGGAUGCUUUAGAGAAGAAGAAUAUAAAAGAACAGGAAGAAACUGCUGCUGCUGCUGCUUCAGAUGUACCCGAUCUUGAUUCUAUUUCACGUGCUAGUAUUAUUAGGGGGGGUAGAAGCACUAUUAACCCUAACGAAUCAUGGAAGGAGGUCUCCGAAGAGGGACGACUUGCUUUCCAAGCGCUGUUCUCGAGACAAGUACUGCCACAAAGCUUUUCAGAUAGACAUAAUAAUAAUAAUAAUAAUAAUAAUAAUAAUAAUAAUAAUAAUAAUAAUAGUGGUGGUGGUGAGUUGGACCUGAACAGGAUGAUGUUGAGAGGUGAGAAAAACAUGGAGGAAGGGCUACUGACGAUAGGAUUGGGGAACGUGAAGCUGAAUGUUAACAACACUCACACAGGAUUCAAACCUUACAAGAGGUGUUCCAUGGAGGCCAAAGAGAAGCCCGGAUCGUCAUCUAACCAGAAUGAUGACAAGGCUGCAAAGAGAAUGAGGUUUCAAGCAGAGGGCUCAACUUGAUGAUAUUCAUACAUACAUGAUUCGAAAGAGGAAGAGGAAACUUGUGUUGUAUAUUAUGUUAUUAGUCUUAAGUUUAGUCCUAAACCUCAUCAAACUUCUUGUUGUGCUAUGUUUUUUUUUUUUUUUUUUUUUUUUUUUUUACCUUUUAUCUUUGCUGCUGAAUAGAAUGGACACAGCAGUUAUAUGCCGAAUGUAUUGGAUUUAAUCGUUAUAUUCCUCCUGAUAACUGUGGAGAAUGAAAACUCAACUUGGGGAAAUCAAUAUUUUCAGCA